AUGCCAACCCUCCAAGUCACCCCAAGGUCCUCGGAUCUCCUUCAGACAGUGGCCGACACACUGGGCAAAUCGCGAAGGGUUGUCGUCAUUACUGGUGCUGGCAUCAGUACGAACUCGGGCAUACCAGACUUUCGCUCGCAGAACGGUCUCUAUUCCCUGAUCCAAUCUCAGUAUGACAAGGCUCAGGCAUCUGCGCUCGCCCGUGAUGACGAGGACGAAUUCGAGUCGAGUGGCCGAGCAGCCAAGCGUCGGCGUACUUCGAUAGAUCGCGCUUCAACUGAAGAUAGAGACGCGUCAGAGCACGAGAAUUCGGAGGCUGAAGACACGAACUUGACGGAAGGCGACUCAAUCCAGGCCUUGGAAUUACCGAGCCUACCUCCACUACAUCCUAAUCCAGUCGCUAAGUUGACCUGCGACGAGGUUUUAGCGAGGAACCACGCGCCGCUAACCACGGCUCCUUCCAUCACCCGACUGACACGAUCACGUGCAUCUGGGAUCUCAGAUACGACACAGCAAGGGGGAUCAUAUUCAGAUCCUUCGGUCAUGUCCCACGAAUCAGCAAUAUCAAAUCCAGGGCUUUCGACAACUUCUUCUCAGACGGACGAAAUGGACUCUCCAGAUGAAGGUGAAGAUUCGAUCCAAUGUGUGCCCUACCGCACACCAAAAAAGUCGCGAUUAGCUGCCAUGUUCAGCUCUUCCCCUCUGUCUUCACCACCUCCGAUUCUGUGGGACCCAUACGAGAACGCGUUGCCCUCCACUGAUAUAAGCUCCCAACCUGCAUCAGACUCGUCAGACGAUUCGGAUGCAGAAAAUGCAGAGCACUCUGUCAACUUCUUUUCCACCUCCCAAGGCACACGACUACGCACGAUGAAAGGGCGAGACUUGUUCGACAGUAACAUCUGGGCUGAUCCCGUCAAGACAUCGGUAUUCUACCGGUUUGCCACCUCAUUGCGGCAGAAGGUCAAAGAUAUUGAGCCAACGGCAACGCAUCGGUUCAUUGCUCAAUUGCGGGAUGUCGGGAAGCUGGCUCGAGUCUACACGCAAAACAUUGAUGAGAUCGAGAAGAAACUGGGGUUGUCAACUGACCUGAAUCACGGGGCAGGCAGCAAGCGACGACGCUCUGCCAAGGCGGUCAUGCAGCUGCAAGCAGAGCAGUCGAGCGAAAAUAUCCAGCAGACUGUUGGGGAAGGCUCACAAGAGCUUUCAUCGCAAUUCGUGGACAAGCUUCCAGGCGCGGUAGACAAUGCAGACUCACUCGAAAGACGCGAGCAAAAGCGCCCAAGAGCCACGAUACCACCAGAGAGAGGUGUGGAGUGCGUGUUUUUGCACGGAUCCCUUUCCUCCCUGAGAUGCUUCUUGUGUGGCAAAGUUGCAGAUUGGGACGAAGACGAUCGCGAGUCCUGUACCCUCUCCGGGGAGCAACCGGAGUGUCCCCAUUGUGCUGGCGCAGCAGCCGCUCGUGUUGAGAAAGGGCGGAGGGCCUUAGGGGUUGGCAAGCUGCGCCCAGAUAUUGUGCUAUACGGCGAGGAGCAUCCGCAGUCAGACUUGAUCUCCCCAAUUGUCCAGCACGACCUUUCUGCCGGGCCCGAUGUGCUCCUCAUUCUUGGCACAAGUCUACGAGUUCAUGGUUUGAAGAUCAUGGUCAAGGAGUUUGCCAAGUCUGUACACAGCAAGGGAGGGAAAGUUGUCUUUGUCAACUUCACCAAACCCUCCGAGAGUGUUUGGGGUGACGUACUCGACUACUGGAUCGAAUGGGAUUGCGACGCUUGGGUAAACGACCUGCGAGAGCGUAGACCAAGUCUGUGGAUGUCGACCGAGGAGGUUCAAGAGCAAGAUCGACAAAGACGCGAAAUAAUUGCCGAAAAGAAGCGCGAAAGCCUUAUUCGACGCGAGAACACGAUAGAGAAGAGGCGUGAAAGCCUGGGAGAGAAGCAAACCACAUGCAACGACAGCAGCAGAGUACCGGCGAAGAACCCACAAAGCAUGCGAAAUGACAUGCAAUGUGGUGCUUAUCUCGUAUGGGAAAUUAUGCAGUCUCUUGCGAAGAUUGGAAAGCGCCCAUUUGAUAACCUGGCUACCAUCGUGGAAGCACCAUUGCGUGCAAAGGAAACACCUAUUCCGCCACCUACUCUGCCGGUCUUCGCUCGUCUCCUCCGGGAGAAGCCUAGCAUUACUAUGUCCGCAGUCAACGAACCAGCGAGGGUUGAGGUUACCGCGGGCACGGCACUCUGCGCGCCAGCUUCGACCCCUGCGCAAAAGCUUGCAGGCGACAUCUCGUCAACCCCAGCGAAACGGAAACGAGCACGCAAGUCUGCGCCGGCGAAUCUUUGCUCGGCCCUGGAAGCCGGUUUGGAGGCCAAUAUGAGCUCCACGGUGCCUAGGCAUCAGCCUCAGCUUUCAUCGAUCCAACAAUUCAAGAAAGCAGCUGGCAGUUUGCCCCGCGCCAGCGAUGCGGAUGCUGUGGUUAGGAUGAGCGUCCUCAGCCGGCCGCCCUCACCAAUGGCGCUUGCAGCGACCAUUAUAUCUCCUUCGCAGUCGAUCCCUGACGUCUCAGCCGCAUCCAUCGGCGCAGCCGUCAAGAGCAACCCGCGACGGAGGAAACCCAAAGUGAUAUAUGAUCCUACACCAGAAAAGGAGGUCAGGCAAGCUGGCAAGAGGCUUCUACCACCCCCGAUCCCAUCGCCACCUACUCGGCCAGAACAGCGACAAGGGCAAGAAGGAACGCCACAGUUCGAGAGCAGGACGUUCCUACCUCGGCUCUCUGUCGAAGCGACUGGACCAGCACCGUUUCUCGAGAUGAAGCUGCAGCUUAGUCCGCUGCAGUAUCCUGUGAGGAACAUCCGGCCAGCUCCAUAUGUGUUCCCCGAGGAGACGUUUCGAAUGAGCUUUAGUGACCCCUUGCGGAAACUCGGCUAUCAUGGAAUACCGGAGCCCAUGGCAGUCACAGCACCUCAACUCCCCGGCUCUCCGGAGGAUGCCAGACAAGAUGUUGAACGGGCAGCAUCGGAGCAGCUGCUCCGUGAGGAGGAAGCGGCGCAGACCUUGGCGUGGAUGCAAGGUAUCUCUGGCCGCUAA